CCACGCAUUGUGACAGUCAGUGACAGCAUUUGUAUCGCUAGGUGUAUUUGAGGUUAUCCGUGAUAGACUAAUCGCUGUCAGUAAGUUGUUGAAUAGAGAGCUGCUGGGCAGUGGCCUUGGUGAGUUAAAAGUAGACAACACUCAAAUGGCUGGUCAAAAUUAUUUGAGUGAUUCGAAAAAUCCUUUCUUCGCACUGGAAGAUGACGUGGACGAUGAAACGUUUUUACGAAGUGCUCCACCGAGAUCGCAACCGUCUUCAAGUUUUGCGACGUACAAUAGUUACACCAAUUACAAUAAUGAUCUUGAACAACAAAGGGAUCAGUUGAUGGAACGCAAAAAUGCCAUUGAACAACGAACUCUCCAAUCAUCCAAAAGAUCUAUAUCUCUUUUGAGGGAUUCAGAACAAAUCGGGGCUGCUACAGCAGAGGAACUGAUGAGACAACGGGAACAGCUGGAAAAAACGGAGAAACGAUUAGACGAUAUCAACAGUACGUUGCGUUUCAGUCAGAAACACAUCCAAGGAAUAAAAAGUGUUUUCGGUAGCCUUAAAAAUUAUCUUAGUGGAAAGUCGAUUGACGGUCCCCCUCCUUCUAGCAAUACUUUGAAACUUUCUGAGUCUGCCAGCCCUAGGUCAUUAUCGCCGUCACCGUUAUCUGAACCUCUGGAUCGCGUGCAGACCAAUCUUUCCAAUAAUCAUCCAGCUUUGCGCAUUCGAGGACUUUUAGAUGAAGAAGAACUGCCUCGUCCCAGCGACAAUGUCAGUGCUAUUUUAGAAAAGAAUCUAGAUGAAAUGAGCGGUUCGUUAGCAAGAUUAAAGGGCUUGGCUGUUGGAUUAACGGAAGAAAUUGAUUCUCAGAAUGAUUUGAUUGAUAGUGUUAUGGAUAAAACGGAAAAGGCAGAUAUUACAAUUGAUAGGCAGAAUAAAGACAUUACACGUUUGCUGAAAAAGUAAAUCAGCGGUGUGCAAUAAACAAUCGUAACUUCUUAAUUGAUUCAACAGUCCAAAUCGUGUGGAUCGUUUAGUUGAUGUUUUUUAUUAGGUCUCUGGAAUGAAAACAGAGCCUUUAUCUCGCUAUUGCGGAAAUUCUAUCAUUUAUUGCAAUGAAACACUUAAUCACUGUGGAUUGCUGAAACUGGAUCCAGAUAAUCUCGAGUAGCAAUGUGGUGGUUUUGAGGUAGUCGUAAUAUUAUGAUAAUAGUAGAUUAUUGUAUAACACAUUCAUAACGAAAUAUUAUGUAUUAUUAUAUAUUACAAACCAAAUACUUGCAUAGUGAAUUUUAUAACGAACAAGCAUUAAUACACCCCCUUUUUACAGAAGUCACUGAAAUUAAAGUAUAUGUUCCAUCUCUGAUUUCUAAUAAACGUUACACUUCGGGUACGUGAUCGUAUAUGUAAACAGAACCAGAGUAAAUUCGAGCUUUUUAAAACUCAUAGAUGUAGAUUGGUGUAAAUGUAAUUUUAUACGGGGCGUUCCGAAUAACUUUGUUGGUUAUUCGAGAUGAUUUCAGAUGUUGUUGUCUUUGUUGCUGUUAGCAAGAGUAAAAGUAGGGGUAAAACCAUUUCCUGGAUAUACCCGAAUGGUGGUGAAUUUCCUGCGUAUAUAAUAUUUUUACGGCAAUGCUUCCGAGGAAUACCAUCUCAGUUUUAUGAAUAUUUUCCAUCAAAUGAUCAAAUAUCCUGACGGGCUAUAAG